AGAUUUCCAAUUAAGCAGGGCUAUACUGCACUGCGCGAGAAGGAAAAAAAACUGAAGAGGCGUCCAAAGCUGGAGAACACAAUGAUGGAAUGAAGAACGAGAUGCUAAUUGAGCCCUGCUACGUUGCAUACACAAGUACUGAUGCAAAGCUCAUCGUUGCAGCUCACUUCUGGAAAAAUCUACGUAUGCUUUUUCUCCGAGGCUCUUGCUCACUUUCAAUCGUGACUCUUAAAGAUCUUGGCAAAGCAUGUCAUAGAACACCACUGAUCACCGCACUCGACCUCAACUGAUAUGUGAGAAUACAAGAAAGUAACUUCAAUGAAUUCCCGCUGUUUAGCCGGCGAUGUUAAGUCAUGUGGCCUCGGUUUUCUUUUCAAAAAGAGGCGACGGUAAAGCUGAUCUCUUAAACGACGCUACAUUGGUUGGCGUUAUUUUUUUAGGGCUCUCCCAACUCAAUGCU